AUGGCUGGCCUGAAUUACUUUGGUUUGAAUGUGCGGGUGGAGGUGCUGGACCGGAACGACAGCCCGCCGUCGCUGUCGCCGUCGUCGCCGCGCGAGCUGUCCGUGUCGGAGGAGCUGCCGGCGGGCCCCGCGCCGCUCGCCGUCCUCGCCGCCAGCGACCCCGACCUGGAGGGCGAGCUGCGCUUCUCGCUGCUGCCGCCGCCCGGCGCUCCGGCCGCCGCCGACCGCUUCGCGCUGGACGCGCGCUCCGGCGCCCUGACUCUGCGCGCGCCGCUGGACCGCGAGGCCGCCGACGAGUACGUGCUGGUGGUGCGGCUCUCCGACGGCGUCCAGCACUCCGACACCGCCAUCACCGUGCGCGUGACGGACACGAACGACAACCCGCCCGUCUUCCCCGAGGCGGCCUACUCGUUCGACAUGCCGGAGAACGCGGCGCGGGGCGCGCGCGUCGGCGAGGUGUGCGCCAGAGACCUCGACCAGGGCGUCAACGGCCACAUCAGCUACAGCGUCGUCUCCGACUGGGCCAACGACGUCUUCUCGCUGCACCCGCAGACCGGCGUCUUCACGCUGACCGCCAGGCUCGACUACGAGGAGGUGGCGCACUACAUCUUCGUGGUGCAGGCACAGGACUCGGGGCGGCCACCGCUCAGCUCUACAGUGAGUGUCUACUUCAACGUACUCGACCUCAACGACAACGCACCACUGUUCGACCCGAUGAGCUACAGCAACGAGGUCUUCGAGAACAUCACCGUCGGCUCGCCUGUGCUCACCGUCAGCGCCACUGACCUCGACUCCGGCGAGAACGGCCACAUCGAGUACAGCAUCAGCGCGGGCGACGCGGCCGGCGACUUCGCCAUCACGGCCAACGGCUCGCUGGUGACGGCUCGGGCGCUGGACCGCGAGGCGCGGCCGCUCUACAACCUGCUGGUGACGGCGCGAGACCGCGGCCGGCCGCCGCUCUCCUCCACCGUGCAGGUGACGGUGGUGCUCAAGGACGUGAACGACGCGGCGCCCGAGUUCAUCUCGCCGGGCGAGGUGUCGGUGGCGGAGAACACGCCGGCGGGCACCGUCGUGCUGGCCGUCAAGGCGGUCGACCGCGACGAGGGCCGCAACGGCUACGUCGAGUACUCGCUGGUCGCCGGCCCCGGGGGCGGGGGCGACGCGGCGCGCCUCUUCUCCGUCGGCGCCACCGACGGCCUGGUGCGGGUGACGGGCCGGCUGGACCGCGAGACGCGCGCCCUCUACGAGCUGUGGGUGGAGGCGCGGGACCGCGGGCAGCCGCCCCCCGUGUUCGACCCCCGGCAGUACAGCGCCUCCGUCGCCGAGAACGCCUCGAUCGGCGCCAGCGUGCUCCAGGAGGAGCUCCGUAUCAGACGCUCACCUUCUAAGCGUGACGGGGGAGGGGGCAGGAGGAAACAUCAGGGGGCCUCCAGAGCUGUGGGCGAACCGCUCGCUCGAGCAGAGUGGGUCGCCCGCCUCGGCUUCCAGCUCCAGCUCCAGGCAGCGCGUCUCGCCGUCAGGCUGGCGCAACGUCAGGGCCCCCCGGCCGCUGCCGGUCUCAGAGAGAGCUCCUCCAGCGUGCAGACGGGGUCAACGGCUCACGAGUUCCACCACCAUCUCUACAGCCUGGUGCAUUUCAUUAAAACGAGUCAUUAA